GCCCCUCCAGGUGCGCUGAAGCCGGCAAACAUGGUCGACACCUGUUUUCUCAGCCAGGGUUUGACUACUCUGGCAGGGUUGUUGCUCUUGCCUUUCGGCAGCUUGGCCGCUAGUCAGAUCGAGGAUCAAGCAGAACAGUUCUUUAGAAGUGGCCAUACAAACAACUGGGCAGUUUUGGUUUGUACGUCCAGAUUCUGGUUUAAUUAUCGACAUGUUGCGAAUACUCUUUCCGUUUAUAGAAGUGUCAAGAGGCUAGGUAUUCCUGACAGCCACAUUGUUCUGAUGCUUGCAGAUGAUAUGGCAUGCAACCCUAGAAAUCCUAAACCAGCUACAGUGUAUAGUCACAAGAAUAUGGAACUGAAUGUGUAUGGAGAUGAUGUAGAAGUGGAUUAUAGAAGUUAUGAGGUAACCGUGGAGAAUUUUUUACGGGUGUUAACUGGGAGGAUUCCAUCUAGCACACCUCGGUCAAAACGUCUUCUUUCUGAUGAUCGGAGCAAUAUUCUUAUUUAUAUGACAGGACAUGGUGGAAAUGGUUUCUUGAAAUUUCAAGAUUCUGAAGAAAUUACCAACAUAGAACUUGCAGAUGCUUUUGAACAAAUGUGGCAGAAAAGACGCUACAAUGAACUACUAUUUAUUAUUGAUACUUGUCAAGGAGCAUCCAUGUAUGAGAGAUUUUAUUCUCCUAACAUAAUGGCUUUAGCUAGUAGCCAAGUGGGAGAAGAUUCGCUUUCGCAUCAACCUGAUCCUGCAGUUGGAGUCCAUCUUAUGGAUAGAUACACAUUUUAUGUCUUAGAAUUUUUGGAGGAAAUUAAUCCAGCUAGCCAAACUAAUAUGAAUGACCUUUUUCAGGUAUGCCCCAAAAGUCUGUGUGUGUCUACUCCUGGACAUCGCACUGAUCUUUUUCAGAGGGAUCCUAAAAAUGUCCUGAUAACUGAUUUCUUUGGAAGUGUACGGAAAGUGGAAAUUACAACAGAGACUCUUAGUUUGCAGCCAGAUUCAGAAGUCAUGGAAAGCAGCUAUAAGAAAGACCAGAUGGUUGAGGAACUAAUGGAACCUCUGAAAUACGCUGAACAACUUCCUGUCGCUCAGAUAAUACACCAGAAACCAAAGCUGAAGGAUUGGCAUCCUCCUGGGGGUUUUAUCCUGGGAUUGUGGGCACUCAUUAUCAUGGUUUUCUUCAAAACUUACGGAAUCAAGCAUAUGAAGUUCAUUUUCUAAAUGUGGUGGUGUAUGAAGACUGCAUGAAAGGCUACAACAUUGGAUAUAAGUUCAUGUCAAUAGAUUUUCAAAAAUACAUUGUUCUUGUGUGACUUGGCAGAAAGUAUACGCAAACUGUAAAUUAGAACAAAUUAUUGGUUUUAUAACUUAAAGAAAAAUUGUUGUUAAUGCAAGCACUAAAUGGCUCUAAAUAUAUUUCAGUUUUUCAUUUUGUGUGUUAUUAAAAUAUUGGGAUAAAGAGAUCACAAUAUUCUCACUGACUGUUUCUGAAAAUAAGAAUUUCCCCUUGUUUAAUCCCCUUUCAUUUGGAAAGGAAAAAAAUGUGACGACAUUAAAUUCUCUUUUUAUGUAUACUCUCCUAGUCUUUUUCAU